AUGGCUCUGGCAGCAGUCUUUAUGCUCCUGGCGUGCCUUUUCUACUUGCCAACCACAUUUUGUAGUAUUGUGCCACAGUCACGGUACUCUUUACUUUCUUCAUCAGUGGACUCCUCAUCAGAUACAUGUCAACUCGAUGGCUACGUGUCCUGCGGCAGUAAUGCUCCUGCCAACUUUUGCUGUUCGUCUGCAGAUACGUGCAUGAUCCUCUCGUCAAACACUACCGUCGUGUGCUGCCCCGAAGGCGAAAGCUGCGAUUUAAUUGAACCCAUCCUCUGCAAUAUCCGGCUGCAGAAUGUGACCGCAUUUCCCGACUCUGGUGUCUACACGACGAGACUUGGAGAUGCGCUCCCAACCUGUGGUGACGGCUGUUGCCCCUUUGGCUACAGAUGUAACUCGGACAGCAACUGUGAGCUUGAAGAUAAAAACGGCACAUCAGAAUCCGACAAUUUGACGGCAACAACAACUACGGCAGCUCUGGAGGAUCCAGUCACAACAGAGUCGUCAUCAUCAUCGACCCACAAAGCAUCGCAUACCAAGACAUCGACCGCAGAAUCAGUUCUACCGCAAACAACUAUAGGGGAUGAUCAGGUAUCCGCGAGUCCAAAUGAAGACAUGUCACAAGGAACAAGGACUGGCUUGAUUAUUGGCUGCACUAUUACUGCCGCUCUUGUCAUGAUUAUCCUUGUCUGUAUACUGUUUUGCUACACACGGCGUGGGAGGAACAAGAAACGACAAGACUCAAUGAAAAACACGAUGAUCUUUGAAAAACCAUACAUGGAAUCGCCUCGUCCUCGAGAACGUCGCCAGCAUGAUCCGACCCUGACCAAGUUUCGCACCUGGCGGGGACAGAGCUACUACGCCAGAGCGGACGACAAGAUGAGCAAAGUGUCGCCACGAACGAAAAUUCCAGAACCCAUCAUUGAAUACGCCGAACUGCCGGCCACACCGCCGCCGCGCUUAAUGUCAUUCGAUUCUGGGCCCGACAUACUUGCACUUCCCCCUCCGAUCCGCGCUAAGACCACGCGUCAACGAUUUGAGGGCACCAGGCCUGGGAAAUCGCAGGAUAGAUGGAGUCUACGGUGA